CUGACCGACUCGUCGUGCCAAGGCUUUCGUUCUCGUUGGUCGCUGCGCACUGGGCGCUUUUUUUUGUUAAGACGGUGUUUGCCAAAGUUCCUUUUUACAAACGCGGAAGAUUUCUUGGAGGUAAAAUUGACACAAACGACGCAGUAGCCUACAACCAGCAGCUCCGGGGAAGGUGGCGUGUGGGCGGCUGAACGCCAACGCCGUGCGUAAUACUCGGGGAGCAGGUGGAUGGAGAGGCUGGCGGGAUGCAGCUUCGGAGCGGCUGGACACCAUAUCCUCAGCUGAAGGACACCUUGACGCGAUGGGCUUAAAUAUUAAGAGGGAAUGCUCAAUUUUCAAAGUUAAAAUCAAUCUUGCUAGUUUUUUUGUUUCUCUACAGAUUCAAUGUGAUACAUGUGAUGGUUCCUCGUUAAUGAAAAUCUCCAGUCAUCCCAAUCCCCAGAGCCCCAAACCCUUAGACCCCAAAGGGUCAAAUUCCCAUUACACCAGGCUUAUUUUGGAACUUGAAGACCCUUUACCCUGCUUUCAACAGUCUCGCAUGGAAUGCGGAACCCUUUGACACCCUAAAACCUCUCAGCCAUCAUGGCCUUGGAUCAGUGGCCCUUUCUCCCGACUGUCCCCAACAUCUCCAUCCCUGAGCCCCUGCUGUACGACAGCUACAUGCAGGGGAAUGAGUCCGACCUGGACCUGAACAUCUCCAAGGCCAGGGAGCCUCACCAGGACAAGACCAGCUCAGUGGUCAUCACCCUCAUCUACUUCAUAGUAUGCGCCGUGGGGCUGUGCGGCAACGCCCUGGUCAUAUAUGUCAUCUUGCGAUACGCCAAAAUGAAGACGGUGACCAACAUCUACAUCCUAAACCUGGCGGUGGCUGAUGUUCUGUGCAUGAUGAGCCUGCCGUUCAUCGCCCUGCAGCUGACGCUGGUGCACUGGCCCUUUGGAGAGGUGCUGUGCAGGGUGAUCAUGACUGUUGACUCUCUCAAUCAGUUCACGAGCAUCUUCUGCCUGAUGGUGAUGAGCAUCGAUCGGUACUUCGCUGUGGUCCACCCUAUUAAGUCCACAAAAUGGCGGAAGCCCCGCAUGGCCAAGCUUAUUAACCUGACAGUGUGGUGUGUGUCCCUGUUAGUCAUCCUACCUACUUUGAUCUUUAGUGGCCUUAACAAGGUGCCAACAUGUGGGAUCCAGUGGCCGGAGCCCCAGGAUGUCUAUUACACAGCCUUCAUAAUCUAUACUUUCUUCAUUGGGUUCUGCCUGCCUCUGGCAGUCAUAUGCCUCUGCUACCUGCUCAUUAUAGUCAAGGUAAAGUCGUCUGGCAUGCGGGUGGGUUCCAGCAAGCGCAAGCGUUCUGAACGUAAGGUAACACGGAUGGUGUCCAUAGUGGUGGCGGUGUUUGUCCUCUGUUGGCUGCCUUUCUACAUAUUCAACGUCACCUCCGUCACCAGCUUUAUCAACCCCACCUCUGCCGUGAAGAGCACCUUCGACUUUGUCGUGGUGCUGGGCUACGCCAACAGCUGCGCCAACCCCAUUCUGUACGCCUUCCUGUCGGACAACUUUAAGAAGAGCUUUCAGAACGUCCUAUGCCUGAAAAAGGUGGCAGGCCUGGACGAGAUAGAGCGCAGUGACAGCAGGGCGGACAGGAGCAGGAUGGUUAACGAUGCUGUAAUCAACGCCAACCUGGAGACUCACAAUGCUGCCCUGCUGAAUGGCGAGCUGCAAACCAGCAUCUGAGCGCCGGCAGUCACAUCCAAAGAGCCCAGAGACACAGAUGAGCUGCCAGUAUAGUGACCCCUGUUCCAAGGUGCAGGGGCUAGACGAUAAUAUAUUAACUGCUGCUCAUGGACAUCAACACAUGGACAUAGUCUAGGUGAAAAAUAAACAAUUUUUUAAGGGACAGAACACUGACUCCAGCUCAAAACUCUUAAUAUUUGGGUUGAAUUCUCUGUGAGUCAAAAAUUAUUGGCUGAAGUGAUUUCACACACAGCAGAGAUAAGUGAUGUUAAACAUAAAUAGGAGGGCUAUUAAUACUUGCCAGGGUUCUAUUGAGUUGUCAGACGUCAUGGAGACUGAACCAAGAUCAAUGGAUCGGAGGAUGGACUGUGGGUGCAGGAGAAAUACUGUCCACCCAUGUUUAAAGAGAGCGCUAGACGGGAUUGAUCAUCAUCAAGGCUCUCGUUUUGAGAGCUAUGAAGGGUUGGCAUUGAUUUCUUUGAACCUGGAAAUACUGCUGAAAAAGACCGUCAAAAAUCUCAGAUGAAAACAGCCAGCACAGUAGUCUACAUAGUCUUUAAAAAAAAAAAAAAAA